AACGGAAAGUCAAAGUGAGGUUAUGUGGUGUUGCGUUUUGUUUGUGGAAGUGUUUUGAAAAAUAAAAUAAAAUGCCCGAUCCUAAAUCUUCUAAGGUAUCUACGGGUCUCCCAAAGGCGGCAAAUCUUGAAUGUAAGGAUCUCUAUGAGUACCUGCAGACCAGAUCUUCAGAUGUCCUGGAAAAACUCUAUAACUACCCAACAAUUUGUCUGGCUGUAUACAGGGAGCUGCCAGAAAUUUCCCGGCAGUUUGUCAUUCGUAUUCUGUUUGUUGAACAACCAGUGCCUCAGGCAGUGGUGUCUUCAUGGGGCUCUCAGAUUCAUGCCAAAGAGCAUGCUUCUGCCAUCUCAAUCCUAUCGGAUUUGGGUGUAUGGCGUGCUGCUGCAAUCCCAGGUGGAUUGCCGGCCUGGGAACUGUGCCCUACCUACAAGAAAAACCUAAAAAUUGCCCUUCUGGGCGGCGGAAAACCCUGGUCAAUGUCCAAUGCUUUGGAAUCUGAUUCCAAAGCCAGAGAUGUUACUUUUCUAGAUAAUUAUGCUAUGUCUCGAUGGCGAUGUGUCCUGCACUAUAUGGUAGGAGCUUGCAAUACAAAAGCCCCCGAUGGAGAAGCAAUUUCUCCAGACGCUGUGAGAAUUCUCUUGCAUGCGAAUCUCAUGAAGAGGGAGGAUGAUGGGAGCUGUGUGAUAACAAAGCAGGGAUUUCAAUUUCUCCUGCUGGACACUCAGGCUCAGGUGUGGCAUUUUAUGCUGCAAUAUCUGGACACAUGCCAUCAACGUGGACUAGAUCUGGGCGAGUGUCUCUCGAUGCUCUUCCAAUUGAGCUUCUCAACUCUCGGACGAGAUUACAGUUCUGAGGGUUUAAGUCCGGGAAUGCUAACCUUUCUUCAGCAUCUGAGGGAAUUCGGAUUGGUCUAUCAACGGAAACGCAAAGCUGGACGUUUCUACCCAACCAGAUUGGCCCUCAACAUUACCAACAAAGAUGCUGUUCCUAUUGUUGCUAAUGAGGAAGAUGCCCAAACUACUCCUGGAAAGCGUCAUAUCGUCAUUGAAACUAACUACAGAGUCUACGCAUAUACGGAUUCAAAUCUUUUGGUGGCUCUUUUGGGUCUCUUCACUGAGCUCCUCUAUCGCUUUCCUAAUCUCACUGUUGGUGUCCUCACGCGGGAUUCUGUGCGUUCGGCCCUCCGUGGAGGCAUCACAGCUGAGCAGAUUAUCAGUUAUUUGGAACAACAUGCUCAUCCGGCCCUCAUCAAUGUCGCCCAAAAUUCUAAUGCUGGCUAUCGUCACAAAUCCUGCCUGCCGCCCACAAUUGUGGAUCAAAUCAAGCUCUGGGAGAAUGAGAGAAACAGAUUCACAUACACAGAAGGUGUAGUGUACAACCAGUUCCUCUCCCAGGCUGAUUUCAUCACCCUUCGGGACUAUGCUCAGUCAAUCAGUGUCCUCGUGUGGCAAAAUGAGAGGACGCGGACGAUGGUAGUGACCAAAGCCGGGCAUGACGAUGUCAAGAGGUUCUGGAAGAGAUACUCCAAAGGCACCACAUAGGUAUUUUUUGUAAAAUUCUGUGAAUUUUCUAAUAAAGACUUAAGAAAA